AAGAAUCUUCGUUAGGGCUUUUUACUUUUGUCUUUCUCCAUCCAUCGUCGCCUCACCAGUUCCCAAAUCUAUCAGUUUGGGGAGACUUUUCAAGAGUUCUUCUUCUCAGAGGCAAAGCCAUGUACGGACCGAGAGGGGCAAUGUUGGGAAGCGGGGGGGUUUCGGACGGGUACGAGGUCGGCUCAAAGAGACAAAGAAUGAUGGAAUCAAAUCCCUACUUCGCAGUUGGCAGUGGGGCGAGUGGCUUUCAACCUUACAGCUACGGUGCUGGCUUUCAGCUUCCUCCCUUCCCGGUGGUUCGUCUGAGGGGACUUCCUUUCAACUGCACUGAUAUUGACAUUUCCAAGUUCUUUGCCGGGCUGGAUAUUGUAGAUGUGCUGCUGGUCAACAAGAAUGGACGAUUUUCGGGAGAGGCAUUUGUUGUUUUUGCGGGGCCCAUGCAGGUUGAGAUUGCCUUACAAAGAGAUCGACAAAAUAUGGGUCGCAGGUACGUUGAAGUUUUUAGGUCCAAGAGGCAGGAUUAUUACAGUGCCGUGGCUGCUGAGGUAAAUUAUGAAGGAAUUUAUGACAAUGAUUUCCAUGGAAGUCCUCCACCAUCUAGGGCCAAGAGAUUCAGUGAUAAGGAGCAGUUGGAGUACACGGAGAUAUUGAAGAUGCGUGGCCUUCCAUAUUCAGUUAAGAAAUCUCAGAUCCUUGAAUUUUUUAGUGAAUUCAAGCUGAUAGAAGAGAGGUUACACAUUGCAUGCCGCCCAGAUGGGAAAGCUACUGGGGAGGCAUACGUUGAGUUUGUUUCUCCUGAUGAGGCAAAGAGAGCAAUGUCCAAGGACAAGAUGACAAUUGGGUCAAGGUAUAUCGAGCUGUUCCCAUCAACGCCAGAUGAAGCUCGACGGGCUGAGUCAAGAUCAAGACAGUGAUGACUUAUUUCAAUGCUUUCUCUUGGUAUUAUAGUAGAUUUUCAGUCAGCUGUGCAUGUAAACAUUUUCUUGUUUUAAGGCAAAUCUUCCAUUGAUGUGCUUAAAUUUCCUUUAGCGUUAGAUUAUAUGUUUAGAAUGUUGAUCAAUAUGUUGUCUUUCAAACAUCAGUUAAAGUUUCUAUUUGAAAUUAUAGCACCCACCAGAUUGGCUAC